UUAGAAUGGAAAUAAGUUAAGCAGCUCAACCUUGAAAAGUUUGCUUCCAUUAUAAUGAAGACAAACUUGUUAACUAUGACCAUUGGUACUGAUUGGACAGAAAAUACACACACACAGAGCAUUCUUGAAAUGCUUUCGAGAAUUUGCUUAGGAAUUUGGCGAAGAGACUUAGGAAGUGAUGAUAUCACCUUUGAAUUGAGAGUUCAGCUACUGUUAAGUCAGUGAGUUGAGACUUUUAAACAAUUGUCAUAACACAAUGAGGAAGUUUUAAUUUGGGACUCUUGAACUUGAUUGAGAUGCCCAUACUGCAUAAACUAAAGAAAUGUAAUGCAUAGGUCUUUCAAUGCAGUAUUAAAGCCUUCUCUGGGAAUCAGAAUGUUUUGAAAGUGUGCAAAAUAAACGAAGCCUGGAGAAUGUAUGUUAUUAUCAAUUAGUUUGUUGCAGGGUUUCUCUGGGACUCAGAAUGUUUCAAGUCUACAAAAGGACGAAGCAUGGAGAGUAAAUGUGCAAAUUCAAGGCAUUGAUCACGAUCAUGGUUAUUUAUGUGGCACAAUGGAAGCUCUAAAUGUUCCUAUGGCCGACACCCCAGUAGUUACCUUUUGGGAAGGGGAAAUUGUUGACACCAAGAAUUAUACUUUCUUCACUGGAAAGUGGGGAGCAACGACAGAAGAUGACAUAAAGCACUGGACAAAAUUUCAGUCCUUUUCACCCCUCCUGAGCAAAGUGGAAGUCGAUGGAGGAAAAACUUUGGACUUGAGUAAUUAUCCUUACAUAUUUAUGAGAUGGAAAGAACAAUACUUUGUGAAUGUUGGGACAGACUGUGGAUUGACCAUAGCCGGAUUUUACUAUGUUUGCUUCUCCUGUAGUGAUGGCUCCAUUAAUGGCUUCUAUUAUGAUCCUAAUAGCAGCCCUUUCCAGAAGUUGGAAUUGAAGUCGACUAACGAUGGAAGAUCAGGGUUCAGUUUCUCCACUUACGAGUUGCAGUAAACAUGACGCCAGCAGUUGUAGAAGAUGAAAUAUCCUAUUUUUAUCAUGCAUUGCCCUCAAGAUAUUGCUUCCAAUCUUCAGUUGAGUUUAUGUUCAUAAAAUUGGGUAGAAUUUGAGAACGAACAAGAGAGCAUAUGGCAGUUGAUGAGUUUGUGCCUUUAUUUUGUCUCUAAGAAUUCUUUAAUGUCCAAUAUAACCUUUAUCAACUGGGCAGGUGUGGAAUGAUCAAUAGCAAUGUAACAUUGACAUGCAAUUUGAAUUGAAUUAUUCACUAUCUUUAUAUAAUUUCUUUGUGCAGGAUGUGCGAUCGCACAUUUUAACCAGUAACCAUCUUGGAACGUGAUUAUCGAUGUUUGACAAGAAAACUUCAAUGAACUAUUUCAAGUAUUUAGACUGAAUUUCUGCAAGAUAAUACUUACAAGUUUAUAAAUAUUUGCAGUAAAUAAGAAGGGAUUCGGCCAUAAAUAUAAACAUUUCAUUUCAACGAAGUGGGACCCAAACAAAUAUGAUGCACACAACUUCUAUGGGUCAAGAACCCAAGCGGAUAAGGUGGGAGAACGCUGAACUGAGCGUUGGCAAGAUCACAAUACCAAAAAUACAUGGCAAACUCGCAAAUACUUUCUUUUUCUCCCAUUACAGCUCCACCUUCAACAGUUGAUUAUAAAAAUAAAAACUGUUUUUUUCUGCAUAAUUACGAAAGAAUGUGCAGAAAUUCCCAGAAAAGGGCCUCUUUCAAGAUUCAAGCAGCAAAGCUUCCUGCUGGAAUUCUGAACGAGGGAAUACUUCAGAUAAUUGGUGUGGAUAUUGGCAAAGGUCUUGAUCUUCCUCUAUGAAAAUUCAGGCUAUGUUUAAUAAUUUUGAGUUAUCAAUUUCGGUAACAAAUUGUAUCGAAUGACAAUCUCGUCUAACCGAUCAAGAUAUUCAUUUAUGAGUAAUAAAAAAAAAUUAUUUUGUA